CGCGACAUGUGUGCAAGACCUAACACAAGUUGAAGCUAUACAGUUUUUGAAGGGUUUGGGUAAUAAAAAAAAACACUAGCUCGGGAGGUAAAAUAAGGUUGAAUACACGGCGGUCUGAUGAAUUGUUUCAAAGGGAUGUGCGAACUACUUAAAAAGACCAUUUAAGCACAGAGUGCUUAAUAUUACUCCCUCAAUAUUACGCAUUAUCAUUGAAAUGGCUACUUCCAGGAAGCUUCUGCGUGUCCGGGGACCCAAUUAGACAGAGAAGGAGACCACCCAGAUGCUGACCAUCAGUGCUGGAAUGGAGUAUUAUAUGAUAAUCGGACUAUGGAACUUUGCGAUGAUCAACAUCUAGAACUGGUUUGUGAGGGAGCAGUGAUGUCAUAUGGGAAUCAACAAGACUGGAAUGGAGGUUUGCCAUUGCUAUGUUGACCUGCAUCUGAAGGACAUUGAGGAUCUUCAGAUGGUCACAGAGAUGCUGAGACAGCUAGUGGAUGCCUACAGUGUCGCAAUCCUAACUAUACCUGUACAUUCCUAUGGAAGUCAGAGAUAUGCCUUUUAAACCCAUUAUCUAGCAGUUCUAACAGUUAGCUCAUCUGGAUAAUCAAAAAGAUAUUAUGAGGAUGUUACUUGGCUGGAUCUGUAUCAUUUUGCCGUGCAUUCAUUUUAAUCCAUGUGUAGUGGCAGGUUUCUCUGUGGAGCAGUGUGGUCGCAUCAUCCCAGAUUCCUCAGUAAUCAAGCUUGGAUCUACAUUUACAGCUUUUUGCAUUCUUAAUGAAACUUGUCUCAGUCAGUCAAAUAUACAUAUAAAUGCAAGUGAUAUAAUAUGGAAAAGCAAAAAAAAUCAAGUAUCAAAAGACCAGUACACAGUGAUAAACAGGACUGUGUCUAGUGUUACAUUUAAUGACACCACCUCAUUAAAAAGUCCCCUAACAUGCAACAGUCAAGUAUAUGGAAGGAAUGCUGCAAUCGAUGGAAUUGUCAUCACUCUGGGAUUACCUCCUGAAGAGCCCAAAAAUUUGACCUGUUUUGUGCAUCAGCUACAGAAUAUGACGUGCACUUGGGACCCAGGAAGAGAAACCUUUCUACCCACCAAUUAUACAGUCAAACUGCAACGGUUUUCUGUGGAUUUCCCUGAUUGUAAAGCAAAAGUUGUCAAUAACUCCUGUACCACUUCCCAGUUUCCAAUGUUUUUGGAAGUCAUAAUGUGGGUAGAAGCUACAAAUGUCCUCGGAACAAGUCAGUCUGAACAUAUUAUACAAGAUUUAACAAACAUUGUGAAACCAAAUGCACCAGUCAUUAGAGCAAUCACAUCUGUCCUACAACUGCCAAACGCACUGAAAAUAGAAUGGUCUAAUCCUUUUCAAACUACAGAGAUGAGCCUGAAGUACAAUAUCAGAUACAGACCAGAUAACACAAAGGACUGGAUUAAGGUGCCUCCAGAAGAGACUGCUAGUCACAGAGAUUCUUUCACAUUGCAAGACCUUAGAUCUCACACAGUCUACAUUGUCUCCAUACGUUGCAUGAAGAUGGAUGGAAAAGGGUAUUGGAGUGACUGGAGUGAAGAAGUGAGUGGACUCACACCAGAAACUAAACCAACUAAAAAAGUAGAUAUUUGGAGAUUUAUUGAAUCUUCUGAGUCUCAUAACAGCAGACUUGUGCACCUGAUGUGGAAGAAACUGGAUCCUUCUUAUGCAAAUGGAGAAAUCGUGGAAUAUGAAGUGCAUAUCACAUUGAAGGAUCGGCACCCUGCUAAACCUUUUAAUGUUUCCAGUACUAGCCUGAAUUGUACCCUGACAUUAGAAGCAUAUAUUGUGACUGUAAUUGCAUAUAACUCGGCUGGCAAGUCUCCACCUGCAACUUUAAUGAUUCCUGCAUCAACUCAGAAGGACCUGCCUCCAGUGCAAAGCCUCAAAGCAUUUCCUAAAAAUGGCCAGCUGUGGGUAGAAUGGAAGGCUUCCCAUUUACUAGUAAAUGCCUACAUCCUUGAGUGGUGUGUAGAAUCUGAAAGGGAACCCUGCAUUACUUCAUGGCAACAGGAAGAAAGCACAACUGGAAGUGUAGCUCUGAGAGGGAAAGACAUAAAACCAUUUAAGCGUUAUGUUAUCUCCAUAUAUCCAAUAUACAGUGGUGGUCCUGGUGCAGCACAGACAACAAGGGCGUACCUUCAGCAAGACCGUCCCGCCCAAGGCCCAGUAGUUAAAGCUAAGAAAAUUGGGAAGAGUGAAGCAGUGCUUGUAUGGAAUCAGAUUCCACUAGAUUAUCAAAAUGGAUUCAUCAAGAACUUUACUAUAGUUUACAGAACUGAAGAAAGAAGUGAACAUCAUAUAAUUGUGGAUUCAACCUACCGAGAAUAUACCCUUUCGUCUCUCACUAGAAAUACAUUGUAUAUUGUACAUAUGGCUGCAUCUACUGAAAAGGGAAGCAAAAGUGGACCAGCAAUUACUUUCACAACUCUUAAGUUUGCAAAGGGGGAGAUUGAAGCCAUAGUGAUACCUGUGUGUUUAGCCUUCCUGUUGUCGUCCGUUCUGGGAAUGCUUUUCUGCCUGAACAGAUGCAAAGUGAUCAAGAAACAUGUUUGGCCAAAUGUACCUGAUCCUUCUAAUAGUACUAUUGCUCGGUGGUCACCUCAGAGCCCAACUCGGUAUUUUAACCCAAAAGACCAGUUGCAUCCUGAAGGCAAUAUAACAGAUGUCAGUGUCAUUGAAGUAGAAGCUGAUGCUAAGAGCUCUUUCCUGGAACAUGACAUGAAAACCUCAGAAUCUCUUCAGAAGGAAAAAAGUAGUUCCCUGGCACAUAGCAGUGGAAUUGGUGGCUCUUCCUGUAUGUCGUCACCUGGUCAUAGUGGCUCUGAUAGUGAGGAGGGAGGAUCUGGUCAGACAACAUCUAGCACUAUACAAUAUUCAACAGUUAUUGUAGGUGGCUACCGAGGGCAAAUGCCAUCUGUGCACACAUUUUCAAGGUCAGAGUCAACUCAACCACUCCUGGACUCAGAAGAAAGAUCAGAAGACCUGCACCUUCACUUACAUGAUGACCUGGAUGGUACUGACCAAGGGACAGAAGAGAGGCAGUAUUUUAAGCAGAACUAUGGCAAGGAUGAGAGUUGUUCUGAUGGGCCCCAUUGUCUCAGGCCAGGAACAUUCACACAGUCUUUAAAGAGUGACCAUCUAAAGCUAGAGCAACUGCAGAUUAAUGAACCAAGCUCUGAUUCAUCUGCAUUUACUGCAGCCGUGCAGGGGACACUUCAUGAGCUGUCUAACACUGAUAAUGAGGAGCAAACUAUAAGACUUGAACUGUUAGGUUUUAACAGUAAUGAUUCUGAAGAGCCAAAUAGCUACCUGCCUCAAAACGUAAACCAGGGUGGUUAUAUGCCACAGUAGAAAGAAAUAAAGAAACUGUAUCGUUGUUGAGAACUGCAGAGAACUAUUACACUUUUUUAUUUUACAGAAGUUAAGCUAAGCAGAAUUCACAUCCUACAAAUUACAUUUUACUUUGGGUAGGGACUUUGUCUGCCCAAGUGCUACAGAGUGGAAGUGAUAGUUGUGUUGUGUCAUGGCUACUUAUAGCUGUUAACCUCUGUUACACAUAUAGCUACAUUUUCAUUUCAGUUAAAUGACAUAUAGGAUCUUGUAUUAGGGGGCUGCAGCAUUGUGGAGUUAAUUAACAUUUUCAUUUUUAGUUUAGAGAUAUUUAUUCUCGAAAAAUAUUGAAGAAGAUAUUAAAUAAAUAAGCAUUGUUAAUAUUGCAUUAGCAUCUUGCCUCUUACAAAGAUCAAGUUAAAAUCUAUGUGUUCAGAUAGCAGAAGGUAGACUUGUUGUACACACACACACACACACACACACACACACACACACACACACACACACACA